GUUAAUCAUUGAACGCUUUGAUAACGUUUAGACUGUUUUAGACUUUUGAAAGCCAUUUGUGUUUACAUAACAUAACUUAUAUUAUCGUCAUUUGCAUCAAUUGAUCCAAUUGUCUGAUCAAACAAGACUUUUGUGCAAUUGAAUGCUUUAAUUAGGAUUUUGGUCGUCAGUUGAUGGCAUCAAUAGAUUCAGUGAAACGAGCGCUUAAUUCAACUACAAGAAUGUCUUUGAGUGAACGGUUCCAACGUCUGCGACAAAAUGUAGGAAAUAAUAAUAAAGUCAUUCAAAACACUGUCUCUAAUAGACAGGCUCUGAGACAGGGAUCACAAAAGAAUAGACGAUUAGCCUUACAGAUGGCUAAUAGACCCUCGGUUUUGGCGGCACUCAGAACUUCCAAUACACCCAAACCACAGAAGACACGAUCGGUUAAACAAAGACUUGGAAUUAAACGAAAUAACAAUCAAUUGAUUAAUGCAAAUGUCAACAGAAAUGCAAACCAAACAUAUCGUAAACAAAACCAAAGGAAACCAAUAAAUAAGCGUAACUUUAAUGUCAACCGAAAUGCCGUUCAAAAUCAAAACUUUGUCCGAACGCCAAUCCGACGAAACAAUUUUGUAAACACUGGAGUCAGACCUAAAGUUCUUAAUAAAGGAUUCCGUAGAGGACAGACCACACUUAAGAAUUCACCGAAUGUGGCAAAGGUUGGACUUAGAGGUAAACGAAAAGUCGGACAACAAAUACGUGGAAAUCAAGUGAAGACGGCAUCCAAUAAGAAAUUCCGUUUAAACCGAAACUUUAAUGCGAGAAAUAAUAAUAAUAAUAACAGAGGAAAGACUGGCAGAGGAGGUGCACCUAAUAGGGAACAAUUAGAUAAUGAUUUGGACGCAUAUAUGGCCAAAACAAAGAGUCAUUUGGACUCAGAAUUGGAUGUAUAUAUGUCUCAAACUAAUUGAUAUUUAACUUAAAUUAUCAUUUAAAACGAUUAAAUCCAUUAUUUAGAGGAUUUAAAUUCAGUUAUUUACUUAUUUAUUAGUAAUUUCUAAUAUUUUUUGUGUUCUAAUAUUAAAACAUUUAUUGCUAUUAUUUAGACAUUUUUGUAUAUAAUAUUUAAAUUAUUAAAAUUAACUACAUUUUGUUU